UUUUUAUAGAAACGCUCGCUGUUAAAAGGGCAAGUUGGCGACAGCAGCGGAGCAUCGGCGAAGGGUUCAUUUUCUCGCUCUUCGGGACACUCGUUGCUUUGUUGCGGUGCUCUCUGACACAUCUUUCUCGUUUCCUGAGGAGGAACAAUGGCUAGAAAAGGGCUUGAUCGUCUCGCAUUUGUUCUUCGUCGGCGAUCGCCCUCAAACUGAAGAGGAGAGAGCCGCCACUUCGCGACGGCUGCUCACUUCCCCUUUCUUCCUCCUCUUCCGCUCCUGUGAUACUUGUUGACUGUUUCUUGGUAGAUCAUUGAAACUAUCUGAAUGGAGGGUAUUUUGAUGCAGUCGCAGAAUGAUGCUAAAGAUUCCGAUAAAACAGAAAGUGUAGUGUUAGAUAUUGAGAGCCUUACUCAGUCAUCUGACAAAUGCUCCGGAAGCCCCAAAAUGACUAAAGCUUUGUCUCGUAAAGGAUCAUCACGGAUGGAAAAGCGAAACGGUGAAGAGCAAGAUGCAGAUGAUGCAACCAAAAGAGUUUCUAUUAAAGUGGCAUGUUCUCAAAUGGAGCAUUUUAAACAAUCUUCAGUGCCGAACGCUAUGUCUGAUGUUUGCGAUGCAAGGCUAAGGAAAUUGAACCACUUAACGACCAUCAAUCCCAGGAGAAUCCUUCUCCUCUUUGCUUCUUUGUCUAGCUUGGGCACAAUGAUUCUUAUAUAUUUCACGCUUGCUAUACACCACCGACAAAGUCAUUCCUGAUGGAGCACUUGCGCAUUAGCGCCCUGUCUAGAUGAUUUUCGAUCAGUAAGCCAUACCGGAUAUCUGUGGCUGGAGUAUCUAGAGCAACAGAGGACUAUCUGUAUUUUUUGUAUGAACAAUGAGUGGCUAGUUAUGAAGUUUUGAAAUGGAAUGGAUUUAAAUUGUUUUCAUGAAAUAGAAUGCAGUGGCUUGGAUUGAGAAAUGUUUCUGAAUUAAGUUCAUGCAGCAGACUAAAUCUUGUAGAAUGAAAUGGCAUUUUUAUUCUCCUGUCAAAAAUUUAGAAACCAAAAA